AAGCACAGUGAAGAGUCCAAAGCAAGAGCACAAGAUGGGCGUGGCCAUGGCCAUGUGACAUGUGAGGGAGAUGAGUGCAGACAUUACCGCCGGGUGAGCCGGAGUGCCCAAAAAGAGAAAGAAAGCAGAAGGGUGAGGUGAGUAAAAUGGAGGAGGCGUAGAGAGAGAGAGAGAAAGAGCUGAGAAGGAAAGAACCAACAGGGGGAUCCCAUCCCUCGUGAUCAGCAGCACAGAAGCUGAGAAAGUGGGAGGAAAGAGGGGAGCUGGCGCAUUGACUCCAGCCUCCAGCGCAGGCCAGCCGGCGACCUUCCCGCUUCCGGCGGCGCUCGAGCCGGCAGCCGGGUGGAUCCCAUCUUGGAGGGAGUGCCGCAGGAGCAGGAGGGAAGAUUUCUAGGGCGCAUGGAGAGUUGAUGCUUCGUUCCCUCUGGAGCUCUGAUAUUUGGAAUGCCCACAUUGUUUGAACGUGCACCUCUAUCAUCAACAUAGUACUCCUGUGACAGUAAUGAUUUUGUGUGUGCUGAUACUAUUCUCCUAGCUUUAUGGUCGUAUUGUGAUCAGAUGCAAAAACAUGCUCACGAAGGGGCCAUCUUCAGAUGUUCUCAGAGCAAGCAUUUCUAGUGCCCCAAGUACAUCUAGCCAUGGUUCUGCACAAGAUGAAUGUGAUUCUUUAGGGGAUGUGUAUGUAUGGGGUGAGGUUAUCUGUGAUAAUUCUGUACGAACUGGUUCUGAUACUGUAAUAAGAUCAACUGGCAGGAGUGACAUCCUACUGCCAAAGCCAUUGGAAUCCAGUUUAGUUCUAGAUGUGUAUCACGUAGAUUGUGGGGUCAAGCAUGCUGCACUGGUCACAAAAAAUGGUGAGGUUUUUACAUGGGGUGAAGAUUCUGGAGGUCGCCUUGGGCAUGGAGCACGGGAAGAUUCUGUUCACCCUCGUCUAGUCGAGUCUUUGACAGUUUCAAAUGUAGAUUUUGUUGCCUGUGGGGAAUUUCAUACGUGUGCUGUUACAACAGCGGGCGAGCUUUAUACAUGGGGAGAUGGAACUCACAAUGUCGGACUUCUUGGACACGGCAAUGAUGUAGGACACUGGAUACCUAAGAGGAUUUCUGGAGCAUUGGAAAGUCUUCAAGUUGCUUAUGUUUCCUGUGGAACCUGGCAUACAGCCUUGAUAACAUCCAUGGGUCAAUUAUUUACCUUUGGGGACGGUUCAUUUGGUGUAUUAGGGCAUGGAGAUCUGAAAAGCAUUUCUUACCCCAGGGAGGUAGAGUCAUUAUCAGGGUUGAAAACAAUUGCAGUAGCAUGUGGUGUAUGGCACACUGCAGCUAUUGUGGAGGUUAUUGUCACUCGGUCCAGUUCAAGUGUAAAGCUAUCUGCUGGAAAGCUGUUCACGUGGGGAGACAGUGACAAGCAUCGACUUGGUCAUGGUGACAAAGAAGCUCGACUCAAGCCAACUUGCGUGGCUACCCUUAUUGAUCAUGAUUUUUACAGAGUAGCAUGUGGUCACAGUCUUACUGUAGCCUUGACAACUUCUGGACAAGUCUUAAGCAUGGGCAAUGCUGUAUAUGGUCAGCUCGGAAAUCUUCAUUCAGAUGGAAGGAUUCCAUGUUUAGUUGAAGACAAGAUUGCGGGUGAACAUGUUCUCCAAAUUGCUUGCGGCUCCUACCAUGUUGCAGUUUUGACAAGCAGGAGUGAAGUUUUUACAUGGGGAAAGGGAGCUAAUGGAAGGUUGGGCCAUGGAGAUAUAGAGGAUCGGAAGGUACCUACACUGGUUGAAGCCUUAAAAGAUAGAGCUGUUAGGUACAUAGCAUGUGGUGCAAACUUCACUGCUGCUAUUUGCCAACAUAAAUGGGUUUCUGGAGCUGACCAAUCACAAUGCUCCUCAUGUCGACAGCCAUUUGGGUUUACUCGAAAGAGGCGUAACUGCUGCAACUGUGGACUUGUCCAUUGUAAUGCCUGCACCUCACGGAAGGCUUUGAGAGCAGCAUUGGCUCCUAAUUCUGGGAAACCUUACCGUGUCUGUGAUUCAUGUUUCUUGAAGUUGAAUAAUUCCUCAGAUCCUAAUUCAGCUAACAGGAGGAAAGACCCUGUUCCCUACCAACCUGGUGAAAGCAAUGGUGAUACUAAAUUAGCUAAAGCUACUCUGCCCAGUAAUAUGGAUAUGAUUAGAAGUUUGGAUAUCAAGGCAGGACGGCAAGGGAAGAAAACUGAUGGAUUGUCAUUUCUCCGUAAUCCUCAAGUUAGUUCGCUCCUGCAGCUGAGUGAUAUUGCUUUGUCUGGUGGCUUAGACAUGAACAGAUCGGCUCCGAGGGCAGUAUGUAUACCGGCAACUCGGUCAGUAACUACUUCAAGGGCUGUUUCCCCUUUCUCUCGCAAGCCCAGUCCACCACGUUCUACCACACCAGUUCCAACUGCCCAUGGUCUUUCUCUCUCAAAAAGUGCUACCGAUAAUAUCGUUAAAGCAAAUGAGCUCUUAAAUCAGGAAGUUGAGCGGCUGCGUGCACAGGUUGAUAACUUGAGAAAUCGGUGCGAGCUUCAAGACCUUGAGCUGCAAAAAUCAGCCAAGAAAGUACAAGAGGCUAUGACACUGGUGGCAGAGGAAUCUGCAAAAUCCAAAGCUGCAAAAGAAGUUAUAAAAUCUUUAACCGCUCAGCUGAAGGACAUGGCUGAGAGAUUCCCACCAGAUCACUGCGCCUAUAAUGUCAAUGAGACAAAGCAAGCACAUAUUCCAAAUGGCAUUGAGUCACAUGUUGCUAGCUACUCUAGCAUAAAUGGAAUUCACCCCCCACGGAAUGAGUUGCUCAAUGCUUCAAUUGCUCAUAGUCCAAACUCUGGACGGUCAUCACAUUCCAAUGGAAUCUCAGGGCAACAUAAAUUGCUGGGAAAUGUCAGUGAAAAUAGUGAUUGCAGCACUCACAGCCUAAGAAUUACCAGUCCUCAUGAUUCAGAGUUUCCUAGUCGAAGAGCGCGCAGCAGCAGUGAUGAGACUCUGACAGCAGGUAGUAGAGUGGAUGAUAAUUUGAGCAUGGAUGCUAGGUCCUUUCAAAAUGGUGAGGAUAGCUACAAGCCUCGAGGUACAGUAUCAUUACCCAGCAACCAAGUUCAGGCUGAAUGGAUCGAACAGUACGAACCUGGUGUGUACAUAACACUCACAACCCUCCGUGAUGGGACUCGGGAUCUAAAGCGGGUCCGCUUCAGUCGAAGACGAUUUGGUGAGCAUCAGGCGGAAAAUUGGUGGAAUGAGAACCGUGAAAAAGUGUACGAGCGAUACAACGUGAAGUGCUCUGAACGUGUGUCAUCAGCGGCCUCAACCCGGUCUGCAUAUUGAGUCGAGGAUGACCUGUGACAUCAUGGAGCUUGUUUCCACUGUAGAAAACUGCAAGGCUCCAGCUUCACUUCACCCGCAGCAUAUUAUUAUAUGGAACAAGGCACUGAUAGAAUGGUGGUCAACUUUUGUUUUUCUUUUUUAGGGUAACUUUUUUAUUGAAUCACCCAAGGUUGAAAGUCAUCAGCCUGUUUCAGCGCAAUGUACAGAGACGAUGCAACGAGUACAAUAGUCAGGUUUUGGAGCGAGAGGUAUGUCGAGAUCAUUUGAAUAAAUUAUUUUAUAUAUGAUUUCAGACUAAAUAUAAAUAUUCAGAUCAUUCUAAUUUGGAUAAA